AUGGUCCGGCACAUCCGCAGGCUCCUGCUGUUGAGCGCGGCGCGCGGCACGCGCGCCUUCAGCGCCAAUGCGGCGAAGCGCGUCCUCGUCCCGGUGGCGAACGGCUCGGAGGAGAUCGAAUUGACCUGCAUCACGGACACGCUCGUGCGCGCCGGCGCCGAGGUCACCAUCGCCUCCGUCGAGGCCGGGACGACGUGCGUCAUGAGCCGCGGCCUCACGAUCGUCGCCGACGCGCGGGUCGACGCGCUCGAGCCGACGGACUGGGACCUCGUCGUCUGCCCGGGCGGCAUGCCCGGCGCGGAGCGGCUGCGCGACAGCGAGGCGCUCGACGCGAUCCUCCGCGCGCAGGACGCGCGCGGCGCGCCGCUCGCGGCGGUCUGCGCGAGCCCGGCGGUCGUGCUCCAGCCCAAGGGCCUGCUCGACAAACGUUCCGCGACGUGCUACCCGGCGGAGCCCUUCGUCGCGGCGCUCGGCGCCGUCGCGGACGGCGACGUCGUCCGCGACGGCCACGUGACGACGUCGCGCGGUCCGGGCACGUCCCUCGCCUUCGCGCUGGACCUCGUGGACCAGCUCUACGGGCCCGAGAAGGCCGCGGAGCUCCGGGCGCAGAUGCUCGUCUAG